AUAAAAAUUCAUAAAACCCUAAACCCUAGAACUAGAAGUUGCCGUGCUGCUUCUAGAGCCUUCCUCUUUCAUUAGAAAAGCACCUGCAUUCUCCCUUUACAGGCCUAACUAGACCCGCUUUGCUCUGUUAAUUCACUCGACUUGUUCCCAGUCCAAAAGUCUUUCUUUCUCUACAAUUUGCACACCAUGUAUCGUUUCGCUUCUAGCCUCGCUUCUAAAGCUCGGAUCGCUAGGAACAGCACUCAUCAGAUUGGAAGUAGAAUAAGUUGGAGCAGGAACUAUGCGGCCAAAGACAUUAAAUUUGGUGUGGAAGCCCGGGCUUUAAUGCUCAAGGGCGUCGAAGAGCUUGCUGACGCUGUGAAAGUCACCAUGGGCCCCAAGGGGCGCAAUGUGGUGAUUGAACAAAGUUUUGGUGCCCCCAAAGUGACAAAGGAUGGAGUGACUGUUGCAAAGAGUAUUGAAUUCAAGGACAAAGUCAAGAAUGUCGGUGCCAGCCUUGUGAAGCAGGUUGCAAAUGCUACCAAUGAUGUAGCAGGAGAUGGGACCACAUGUGCCACUGUUCUUACUCGAGCAAUAUUUAUGGAAGGCUGCAAGUCAGUUGCAGCAGGGAUGAAUGCAAUGGACCUAAGACGGGGCAUCAGCAUGGCUGUUGAUGCUGUUGUUACCAACUUGAAGAGCAGAACACGAAUGAUCAGCACAUCUGAAGAAAUAGCACAAGUUGGUACAAUAUCUGCAAAUGGGGAGAGAGAAAUUGGUGAGUUGAUUGCAAAGGCCAUGGAGAAGGUUGGAAAAGAGGGGGUUAUUACAAUCCAAGAUGGGAAGACCUUAUAUAAUGAGUUGGAAGUUGUUGAGGGAAUGAAGCUGGACAGGGGUUACAUAUCCCCUUAUUUCAUCACCAACCAGAAAAACCAAAAAUGCGAAUUAGAUGAUCCCCUCAUUCUGAUUCAUGAAAAGAAAAUCUCAAGCAUAAAUGCUGUGGUGAAAGUGUUGGAGUUGGCUUUGAAGAGACAAAGGCCUUUGUUGAUAGUUUCUGAAGAUGUGGAAAGUGAAGCAUUAGCAACCCUUAUUCUAAACAAGCUUCGCGCUGGAAUUAAGGUGUGUGCCAUAAAAGCUCCUGGUUUUGGAGAGAACAGGAAGGCAGGGCUGCAGGAUCUUGCUGUUCUCACAGGGGGUGAGGUGAUAACUGAAGAACUUGGCCUAAAUCUUGAAAAGGUUGAUAUAGAUAUGCUUGGCAGUUGCAAAAAGAUUACGGUGUCCAAAGAUGAUACUGUUAUUCUUGAUGGUGCUGGUGACAAGAAGGCCAUUGAGGAAAGAUGUGAACAGAUAAGGUCUGCAAUAGAGUUAAGCACUUCUGACUACGACAAAGAGAAAUUGCAAGAAAGACUGGCAAAGCUUUCUGGAGGUGUUGCUGUGCUCAAGAUUGGAGGAGCUAGUGAAGCUGAAGUUGGUGAGAAGAAAGAUAGGGUUACAGAUGCUUUAAAUGCUACAAAGGCAGCUGUAGAAGAGGGUAUUGUGCCAGGUGGUGGUGUUGCUCUUCUUUAUGCCUCAAAAGAGUUGGAUAAUUUGCAGACUGCCAACUUUGACCAGAAGAUUGGUGUCCAAAUCAUUCAGAAUGCUCUGAAGACUCCAGUACAUACAAUUGCAAGUAAUGCAGGAGUUGAGGGAGCUGUUGUUGUUGGUAAGCUGUUGGAGCAGGAUAACCCGGAUCUUGGUUAUGAUGCUGCCAAAGGUGAAUAUGUUGAUAUGGUGAAAGCAGGGAUUAUUGACCCGCUGAAAGUAAUUAGAACUGCCUUGGUUGAUGCAGCAAGUGUGUCAUCAUUGAUGACAACAACUGAAGCUGUCGUAUCUGAACUUCCAAAGGACGAGAAGGAUGUUCCAGCAAUGGCGCCUGGCAUGGGCAUGGAUUACUAAUUUUCCUCGUAAAACACUCAUCCAAAUUAGGAAUUAACAGUCAUCAAUUCACAUGGACCAUUGGGUUUUUAUCCUUUCUUUUAUUUUUAACGAGUCAUUAUUGUGAAGGUCUAAAGGCAUCCGUGUAUUCAUAGUGAGAUGUGUAGGUAUUAGUUCCGGGGCCUGGAUUAUUCAAGAUAAAACCAUCUUGAAUUCCUGUUUGCUAGUGCACUUUUUUAUCCCCUUGGAAUAAGACAAUGUUUACCUUUUUUAGUUGA